UCAUCAAAGAUUAAACUUCCGCAUAUCUUUUAAGCGCAAAAAUCAUUAACCAAAUGUUGAAAAGUCAAGUUCAACUACUCCUGGGAAAAGGGAUCGAAGCGCUUAUACUUGAGGCAUUUCCUGGAAACUUUACUGCCAAAACAAAAUUUGAAAAAUUUUUAAUUUUUUAGCCUUGUUAGAAAAAGGGUUAAAACCGUUUAAACGUCCGUCAUUCCUAAUUUAGAGUUUUACUGCCACCAUGUGGUACGCUUGAGUAGUUGCUGCAUCAUUAACACAUUCGUUGUUUUAAUUCACUGUAUUAUAAUUUCUUUAGUGUUGCGUAAACAAUUAAAACGUAUGCCUUUCUUUUGGACGAGAGAUGAUCAAUACUUGUACAUGAUGAAGAUAUGUACGCUUUUGUUUUUUGCCGCCCUAUGUUGUCCGUGACGUCACUGACCACAGGUGUGGCAACGUGAAACAGGUAGACUGUUGUAGACUGCACGACUGGGGAAGUACAGCCACUAGAUGUUCUUCAAGCUGCGGACAAGUGUCACAAAGGAACCAGAAACGACCGUCACUCGUGAUUUGUUUGUUCGGAGGAAGGAAGCGUCUUGGAGGGAGAAAAGAAAGCAAAGACUAUAAUUAUCUCCGACCGAUUUUUUUGUGUGCCCCUUCUCACUUGGGGCCAGUUCGUCUGAAACCACUGAGGGGCUGGGGUAGUCACUUGCUUUGUUUUUGUCUCGAGCUUAAAUUUGACAUUUGAAUUAUCGUGGGAACCUUUCACUGUUUUCUAAUUGGAGCAAACCGACGCGUUCCUGCUGAAAGUUCAGAGCUUUGCAGUGUACGACUGUAGCAACAAAGAUGGGUGACCUUGACUACGAGGAGGCGGAGCAGGAGGACAACAGUGAGCCGGAGAUAAAUCAAGGGAAAGAGACGGGAUGCUUUAGGAAGUUCCAGAAUUUGAUCAUCCCACCAGAGUUUCGGGACCGGUACAUGCAACGCGCUAACUGCCGCCCACCUCCGAUCUUCAUCAUCGGCAUCAGUAUUGCAGAGCUGGCAGUGUUUAUCUACUAUGCCCUGUGGAAGCCUCAUAAGCAGUGGGUGACCCUGGAUGAAGGCAUCUGGAAAAGUCCUCUCACCUACGAUCCUGCCAAAAGACAGGAAGCAUGGCGGUUCGUUUCCUACAUGUUCAUCCACGCUGGUGUGGGGCACAUCUUCGGGAACUUAGUGAUGCAACUUUUGCUUGGGAUCCCACUGGAAAUGGUCCACAAAGGGCAUGAAGUAGGAUUGGUUUACCUGGCUGGUGUCCUCGCAGGGUCUUUGGCCAGCUCCAUCUUUGAUCCUCUCACUGUUUUGGUUGGGGCUUCUGGGGGCGUUUAUGCCCUGUAUGGAGGUUAUUUCAUAAAUGCAGUGGUGAAUUUCAAACAGAUGAAACUUAUUUUUGGAGUGACUCGAAUCCUCAUCAUCGUUUUAAUUGUUGUUGCAGAUUUCGGCUAUGCCUUGUACAGACGAUUUGCCAAUUUAGAGGGAGGUGUAAAGGUGUCGUUUGUGGCUCAUUUGGGAGGAAUUGUUGCUGGACUGACUAUCGGAUACGUCUUCUUCAUCAAAUUCAAUACGAAGCUGUGUAAAAACCCACUUUUCUGGAUUUGCAUAUUGGGAUAUGCUGUCUUCCUUAUCUUUGCUGUGUUCUUCAACAUCUUCAUCUCUCCUGCAUCGUAGAACUGGAGAAGAUUUCACCCAAAGUUUUGCUCAGGAGGCUUGUUUUGACUUGUCUUGAAGUCUUUGAGAAUAUCAACAAAUUGCUUAUUCUGAUCUUGAUAUGGAUUUUCUAGUUUUAAAGCUUGUAUUUUGACUUGGUGUAUAAUAGGGCCACUUAGUGGUGUCUCAGAACUGCAAACACUAUUGACAAAAAAGAGGUGUUUUGAAUAUUUAAUCAAAUCAUAUUUGUUUUUUUCCAGAUAAGAUGUUCUUAAUUUCCAUGUACUGAUUUGAUGGAAACCAUUGCUUGUUUUGUUUGCAUCAACAUUUCUCAUCUAGUAUUAACAAAACUCCUGUGAAUGUGAAUUAUUCUUCACAAAAAUCACAUUUUCAAACCUUAUUAACAACACUAAAAAUACUACAGAGCUUUAAUCAUCAGGUCUCAUUUUAUGUCUCAUUUAUUGUGCUGUAUCCUGAUAAAGGAAUAAUGAAAUGUCCAUUAAGAUGUUAAACAGAUGGACACACAUCACUAUGUCUUAAUAUUGUUAACACAUUUAAAAGUUAACUGUAAUUUCUUUUUUUCUAAUAUUUUCUGUAAAGGUGAUAGCUAAAUACUAGCUUUAAAAAUGGGGUAUGUUUUAAGUUUGGUAAUGUGGAAACAUGAUGUUUUAGAAGACAUACCUCUAAUCUAAGAGGCCAUGGAGACUUUUCAACUGAAGUCCAAAUAUGACUUUUUGUUUGCUUUUGAAUUUUCAUAUCAGGGUGUUCAAAUAAAGUUAGUUUACUGGAGUGUGUUUUACAACCUGGCCUUCUGAAAUAAAGGAAGCAUUUUAAAGUUUCUUUA